AUGUGGAAAUACUUUACAGCGAAGAAUACGCUCAAGUACGUGGACAUUCUCCAGAAACUGGUCAAAUCUUAUAAUCAUUCGAGACAUCGUAGUAUUGGCAUGAGGCCUGUUGAUGUAAAUGAAGACAACGAGAGCAUUGUGUGGCAAAAACUUUAUGGAGAAGAGUCAGACAAAUCCAUUCGGUUCAAGUUUAACAUUGGCGACCAAGUACGAAUCAGCAAAGCAAGGCGCACAUUUAAGAAAGGAUACCUACCUAAUUGGACCGAGGAAGUAUUUACGAUAACCAAACGUGUUCUUCGACGCCCACCCGUGUACAAGCUCGCUGAUUUUGAUGACGAAGAAUUGAAAGGAACAUUUUACGAGCAGGAACUUCAGAAAGUCAACAAAUCAGACAGUGAUUAUUAUAGAGUCGAAGAAGUACUUAGAUCACGCAUGCGUAAUAAACGUAAAGAGUAUUUUGUAAAAUGA